AUGAUGGAUUUCGAAAAAGCAGCGAUGAAUGCUGUUAAAUCUGAAUUUCCAAAUACCUCAAUUAAUGGAUGUUUUUUUCACCUAUCACAAUGUAUUUGGCGCCACUUACAAGAAGCAGGGUUACAAAAAAAUUACAUACAAGAUUCUGAAUUUGCCUUACAUAUUCGUAUGUUACCUGCUCUUGCUUUUGUGCCACAAAACAAAGUUAUAAAAGACUAUGAAAAACUUUUAGACUCUGAAUACUUUUCUGAAAAUGAAGAACUUUUAAUGCCAAUUAUAGACUACUUUGAGGGCACCUGGAUAGGCCGUUUGCAUCGUAGAGGCCAAAGAAGAGAUCCGAUCAUCCCCAUUAGUGUAUGGAAUUGUUAUGAUUUAGUAGCGGCAGACCUUCCACGAACUAAUAAUUCCGUUGAAGGAUGGCACAAUUGUUUUUCGUCUACACUUAAUUCAUCCAAACAUCCAUCAAUUUGGAGAUUUAUACAUGCACUCCAAAAAGAAGAAAGUAUUAAUACUUUAAAAAUUCAGCAGUAUGUCGCGGGUCAAGAACCACCAUCAAAAAAAAUAUAUAAAAAUAAAAGUGAAAAUUUAAAAAAAAUAUGUGCAGAUUAUAAUAACCGUGCAACAAUGGAUUACCUUCGUGGUGUUGCAUACAAUUUCCAACUACAAAUAUAA